AUGGACGCCUUACCAACAGAAAUUCAUCAAGUACCUCGACUUUUUCUUCUUUCUCCCUCUACCUAUGGUGAACAUAGGAUGUACCGAUUAAAAUACGAUGGCAACGGGUUAUUGACAAAGAGCAAACAUGCAAUUGUUUCUCAGUUCAAGUCCAUAGGUUCUUAUUACGAGCACGAUUUUGUUUUCUGCAACUUGUUUGGCUUUAGGAGGGGUGAUGUGGAUGAUGGAAGAUCAUUCGUCUUGGUGAAUCCUUUGAAGGGAGAAGUUCUAAUGCUCCCAACAACGAGUGACCUCCAAGUUCCACCUAAUAGUAGCUACUGCAAUGAUACUUACAGCAUGGGAUUUGAUAAUAUGACCAACACCUACAAGAUUGUACGUGUCUCCCGCCAUCUAAAGGAGGACCACCAGACAAUGGUGGCGGCUGAAGUUCUUGUAUUGGGGACAAGCUCAUGGCAGGAGUUACCCUCAGCUCCCCCUUGCUAUCCAUCUUGCGCUGUGGCAACAUCUACACAUGGAGCCGUGCAUUGGUUGGUUAGUCGAGAUCACACGUCGUCGUCGGUACAUAUACUUUCUUUUGACUUCAAGAAUGAGGAAUUCUAUUGGACUCCUCAUCCCCUUGCCUUAAAGAAAAAGCCGAAUCUUUUGGAUUCUGUUCACUUGCUUAAUUUCAGGGGAUCUUUGGCCCUAGUGGAUGUUUCUUCGUCAAAUAUAGAGAUAUGGGUAUUGGUAUUGAAAAAUUAUGAUGACAAGAAGAAACAUGAGUGGGUGCUAAAUUACAAAAUAUAUAUGCACAAAUAUCCUCUUCGUCUUGGGACUUUUGUGUCUGGGGUUUUCGACUUUGGCGAGUGGGAGCACGGUAUAUAUUUCCACGAGCAGAACAAUCGCUGUAGGAGAAUUAUAUUAUUUGUGGAUCUAACACAUAGGUCCAUGAAGAGUGUACUACUCAAAGAUAGACAAACUCGUAUGACGAUCCAUAGUUGUACCGACAAUAUAAUUUCUCUAAAGAAUUAUGGGGAUUUGGUUGAAGAAGAAGAAGAAUGGCACUCAAAGGUUAUUCUAUGA